CAUAGUCUCCAUCUGAGCGCGAGCCUCCGAUAUGUUCGCGGUCUUGCAGGUGAGUGUCCGCCGCGCGCUCAGGACGGGGCUCCGUUUCCCCGCCCUGCGUGUGCCCGCUGCGGGCUGUGCGGGGUCAGUGUCCGGGUCAGAGGCUGCGGGGUCCGGCGUCAGAGCGGUCCACGGGCCGGACCACGGGCAGGUCCGGAGGAGCUGCACCGUGGACCCGAACCUGGAGGAGGAGUUCGUUUUCGUGGACUUCACAGCUGAUAUAUCUUCAGAUGCAGAGGAGAACCUCUCCUUGUCCUCAGCUCCUCCUCCUUCCCUGACUCCUCCUCUUCCUCCUCUGGUUCCGCCCCCUCGCCACCUGAGGUCUCUGGAGCGACAGCUGCAGGUAUUAAAGGGCGUGGCCCAGCAGGAGGCGGAGACAGACUCUCUGAUCCAGUUCCAUGAUGUGGACUUCCCAUUGGACGAGGACGUCGUGGCGUCGAAGAAGAAGAAGAAGAAGAAGAAGGCAGGUAAAGGUGAGCACAAGGUGUUCGGCACACCGGACGUGGACGAGCCCGUCAGUGACACCUGUUGCUCAGGCUGCGGCGCUAUCCUUCACUGCACCGCCGCCACCGCGCCCGGUUACCUGCCCAGCGAGAAGUACAAGGUGCUGCUGCAGGAGGAGCGUCUGAGUGGCGCCACCUGUCAGCGCUGCCACCUGCUGACGCACCACCACAAGGCGCUGAACCUCCACCUGUCCGCGGAUCAGUAUCGGACCGUGGUGCGGCAGGUGCAGCCCCUCAGGGCGCUGGUGCUGCUCAUUGUCGACCUGCUGGACCUGCCAGACUCCAUCGUACCAGACCUGCCAGACCUAGUCGGGACCAACAAACACGUUGUCGUCCUCGGCAACAAGAUCGACCUGUUCCCGGGAGACUCGCCGAACUACCUGCAGCGAAUCAAACAGCAGCUCAGUCGGUACUGUGAGGACGCCGGGUUCGGCAGUCAGGUGACCGGCGUCCACCUGAUCAGCGCUAAGACGGGUUACGGCGUGGAGUCUUUGAUCUCCGACCUGCAGCGGUCCUGGAGGUACAAAGGUGACGUGUACCUGGUGGGCAGCGCCAAUGCCGGCAAGUCCACACUGUUCAACACACUGCUGCAGUCCGACUACUGCAAGUCCAGAGCAUCCGACUCCAUCCACAAGGCCACCAUCUCGCCGUGGCCAGGGACGACUCUAAACCUGCUGAAGUUCCCGAUCAUGAACCCAACACCGUACAGGAUGUUCAGACGACGCGAGCGCCUGAAUGAGGCGGAGACGCAGACCGAGAGCGAGCUGUCACAGGACGAGCUGAGGACACUCACACACCUGAGCAGGAGGGGCUACCUCGUGGGUCGUGUUGGCAGGACGUUCCAGUCUGAUGUUCCGUCCAGACGAGAUGAAAUCGAGUUUGAUCCUGACAGUUUGUCUUUUGGAGAAAAUGACGAUGGAGAGACGACGCGCACAGCCCCCUGCAGGUCGUCUGAGUUGACCCUGAACGAGCUCAAAGAUGCUCAUUGGCUGUACGACACACCUGGGAUCAUGAAGGAACGCGACAUCCUGAACCUGCUCACUGAACAGGAAGUGAUGUCAGUGGUUCCCUCGCAGGCCGUCGUCCCGCGGACGUUCGUGUUGAAGCCAGGAACUAGUCUGUUCGUGGGCGCCAUGGCGAGGAUCGACUUCCUGCAGGGCGGGAAGUCGUGCUGGUUCUCAGUCGUGGCGUCCGGUCGGGUUCCGGUCCACAUCACCAGUCUGGAAAAGGCUGACGCCAUCUAUGAGAAACAUGCUGGACACAUCCUGCUGGGGGUUCCUCUGGGAGGGUUGGAGCGGAUGAAGGACUUCCCGCCGUUGGCUCCUCAGGAGUACAGGCUGGAGGGUCGAGGUUACCUGGAGGCUGCCGCUGACAUUAAACUGUCAUCUGCAGGUUGGGUGGCAGUGACGGCGCCUGAUGGCGAUCAGCUGGUGUUGAGGGUUCAUGGUCCAGAGGCGGCUGGUUUCAGUCUGCGGACGCCACCGCUGCUUCCUCAUGUCAUCGCUCUGAAAGGAGAACGCAUCAGGAAGACCGCCGCCUACAAACCCGUCAAACCGCUGGGCUUGCUGGCAGGCGGGAUGUCGGACCGUGGUGCAGAGAGGCUGCAGAUGCAGAAGAAGAAGAAGCAGAAGAAGAAGAAGGAGUGAUGAGACAUCUAAGGACACGGCCGAGGACUGGCGGACCGUCCUGGAUCACAGUCCUGACUUGAUGUGAACUCCAGAGACGUUCAGGUCACAUGAUGUUUCGAUGACAUCACAGUUAUUUAAAGGAACAGACGUUUGAAGUCUGAAGUUUGAUUUGAAAACUUUAUUUAUAAAAGUUGAUUAAAGUGAAUAAACAGAUGAAACUACAA